AUGUCUUCAAAUGGUGGGAGUAAUACAAAUGAGAGGUCAGUGGGGCCUGAUAGCGGCAGUCUGCGGAGUAACAGCAACCUGAGCAGUGUGAACGGUGAUGGCUCAGAUAGUGGGAGCACCAGGUUCAGGCAUAGGAAGAUCUCUGUGAAGCAAAGACUACGGAUACAUUUACCUUCUGACCUGAAGAAUCUGGACAAAAACGAAAUACAAAAACGUGAGUUACUCGACGUCGAGACCGGUGUUGAAAAAAAUGAAGAAAAAGAAGUGCAUUUGCACAGAAUCUUGCAGAAGGCAUCUGUGCUUGAACAUUUAAAUUCGAAGAAAGAUUAUAUUCCAACACCGGAUGCAUCGAAGACAUGGAGUGAUUAUGAUAAAUUUUAUUCAGGGAAAUUCGUAGAAACACAGGCUUAUGUGAAGUUUUCAGUAACUGUAGAAGAUUGUUGCGGUGUGCCGUAUACCUUGGACGAAAUUGAUGAUGAUUUCUUGGAAAAUAGUUUGAAUAAGAACUCAGACUUGAAGCUAAAUGAAGAUGAAUUUGAAUCAUUGUGUUCAGCAUUUGAAACAGCCAUUAAGGAAAGACAACCGUUCCUUCAAAUGGAUCCUGAGACAAUUCUUACAUUUGACGAAGUAAAGCCCACUCUCUUAAAGGUAGAUUUUAACAAUAUGCAUUUACGGAGUCAGUUAGCUCAAGAGGUAGCUGCCAUUCAUAACCCCCAAACCGCUAAUAGUAGCUCAGAUGGUAACGGUCCUUUUACAACUGUUUUUGAUUCUUCAACUACUGCUAAUGUCCGCCCAAUACCCGAGCUUAUCGAAAAAUAUGGUAAAGAAGUAUAUGAACAUUGGUCACGUCGAAAAAUUGAAGCUAAGGGAGCUGAAAUAUUUCCUCAACUGAAGUUUGAAAGACCUGGUGAAAAAGAAGAAGUUGAUCCUUAUGUGUGUUUUAGAAGACGGGAGCUCAGACAUCCUAGAAAAACAAGAAGAGUUGACAUUUUAAACAGUCAGAAGCUAAGAAUUCUGCUUAAAGAAUUGAGACAUGCUAAAGACAUGUCUCUACUUGUAGCUCAAAGAGAGCAAAUAAAUUUGCAACUAAUUGAGGAUGACUUGAAAAUUCUGAAUAAACGUAAACAUGUAAUUUCCAUUAAGAGAAAACUCGACAUAAAGGGCGAAGAUGAAGACUUAAUAAAUCAUAAGAGAAAGAGACCUACUAUCAUGACAAUUGAGAAGAAACGACAACAAGAGGAGGCUUUGGCAGCAGCCAAGAGAGCAGCCGAACAAGAAAAAGCUGCUGCUGCGGCUAAGGCAGCCGAAGCAAAAAAUAAAAGCAAAGCACAAAAGAAACAAAACGAGCAAGCUGCAAAAGUUAAAUCCUCCAAACAAAAGAAUUCAAGUUCUCAAGAUUUGACAAAAAAGGUUACACAGGAAGAAAGUCAAUCAGAGGAACAACAGCCUGCUAUGUCUCAUGUUUACGUCAAGCUACCUUCUUCCAAAAUUCCUGAUAUUGUUCUGGAAGAUGUUGAAAAACUUCUUCAAAACAAGGAAAAGAGUGCUAGACGUUUUGUUCAAGAAAGAAUGGCUAGACGAAAAUUGGAGGACAAUGACGAAUUCAUUAAUUUGACUGAUGAUCCACAUAAUCCUGUCUUUGAUUUAACAACAUUAAACUGUUCGGAAGUGCCAUUUUCGCCAUUUUCAUCAAUUGCUUCUUCUAAACUUAAGAUUAACAAGUCAUUUUAUCUGCGUGAUCUAAAUGAUUAUCUCAAUGGAAUAGCCACUGAUUUGAAAGUGUUCAAUAAAGAUGGUGAAAAGAUAGAGGACAAUAAAACUGCUUCUGGCAAUCAAAAUGUUCGGAAGACGGAAGUCUACAACCCCUUUGACAGUGGAUCUGAACUUCACUCACGGGAGUACCCUGUUAAGUUUCGGAGGAGAUUUGGUCGAGGAAACAUAGAAUAUCUCGAUGUUAAAAGAAAGAUUGACAACUUUUCGGAUACCCGAUUUUGCGAGUUUAUCGACUUCAAAGCCAUCGAGAAUCAAGAACUGGAAAAUAACGGUAGAAAUUUAGAUGUUUAUGAAUCGCGCGCCGACGAAUUUUCGAGACUUUUAGAAAAAUGGAAAUUUGAUUCAACGAAUAAUGAAUAUGGCCUAAGAUUUUCUGAUGAACCAGCAAGACUGAACCAAAUAUCUAACGACACACAAGUGAUAAGAUUUGGAACCAUGCUUGGUACUAAAUCUUAUGAGCAACUGAAAGAGGCAACCAUCAGAUACCGCAAGGAUUAUAUUUCAAGAAUCCGCCAACAGAAGUUAAAUGCACAAAAACAGCAACAAAUUUUACAACAACAACAGUUCUUACAACAACAACAAGAAAAUGGGUCACCCAACAAUGCGACUAUGCCUAUAAAUCCCAUAAAUAAGAGCACGCUCAAGCAAGAUGUUGCUAGUAAUGUGCUAGUGGGUACCCAGCAGAAAAGUUAA